CCCCCCCGUCCCCAAAGCACAACAAUGUCCAGCGCGGCAAUGAACGUCAACGCUCAACUAGAGCACCUCCAAUCCAAGCACGUCGGCACAGGGCACGCCGACACCAACAAAUUUGAAUGGGUGGUCAACCAACAUCGCGACACGUACGCCUCGAUCAUCGGCCACAACACGCUGCUGGCGUAUGCGUCGGUGGCGGAGAACGAGAGCAUGGGGAGGAAGAAGUUUGAGAUGGUGGAGAAGAUGUUGCAGCCUUGCGGCCUGCCCGUCCCACGCGACGACUGAUUCGACCUCGAAAAGCAUCACACGCACUCUCAACGCCGUCAGUGGACCCACUCCCUUCCUGUAAAUACUUUUUCCUCAGCCGCGGCAGUGUGCCCAACGCUUUUGAUACCUAGUUUGUACCAUAACUUAUCACGACGGAACAAUCAUACCAGUCUCCUGUUCGACUGCCCCAAGAUCACCGAGGAGGUCAUAAAGGUCAUCAUUAACCACCGUAACACCACCGAACAGGAAUGGAGCCGUACUGGGACCCGUGGGGAAGAGAGCAAUAAGGAGUUUGCGGGAUUCGAUGAUGA